GCCGUGUGACGAAUGAAGCUUGAAAGACUCUCACGUCACAUUUGAACUCAUUCAGCCUCAUUAGUGACUGGAAACUGGCAGUGACAAUGCAUUUGUGUGCUUUUGUUGUGCUGAGCUGGGCUUUGGCUCUUCAUCAUGCUUUACCUGUGGCCACAUUUGAGGAAACUGUCAUUAAUGGCAAAUGGAGGCGCAUUACGGAUAUAAACAGAGGAUCAGGUUUAAAUCUCACAGAAGGAGACGUCAUGGAGCCCACUGUAGGGAAUCAGUCCAGGUGGGAUAUUCCCGUCCCCUAUGAGCUGAGUGUUAAUCUCAGUAAGAACUCUAAAGGAGUCAUUCUGAGAGCCUUCGAGCAGUUCAGACUGAAAUCAUGUGUCGACUUUAAGCCCAGAGCAGCGGAAGAGUUUUACAUCUCUGUGGAGAGUCGUAAAGGGUGUUGGUCAUAUAUCGGACGCUCGUCUCCUGGAGGACAGCCUCUUUCCAUUGGAGAGCGCUGUGGAAUAAAAGGCAUCGUUGAGCACCAGUUUCUCCACGCUCUGGGACUGAACCAUGAGCAUUCGAGAUAUGACAGAGACGAAUACGUGACCAUCAACUAUGAAAACAUCGUGAAAGGGUAUGAGAGUAAUUUCAAUAAGCGCAGUGAGAACGUGUCCACUACCCAAGAAAGCCCAUAUGAUUAUUACUCUGUGAUGCAUUUUGAUAAAUAUGCCUUCAGCAACUUUAACGGACCCACGAUCAUAACCAAGAGUCCUGAGUUCCAAGACGUGAUCGGACAGCUCAUGGAAAUGAGCGAAUAUGAUGUGACUGAGCUCAACAAACUCUACAAAUGCAAUUCCUCGGUCUCUUUCCUCGACCACUGUAGUUUUGAUGAGGAAUCUCUGUGUGAGAUGAGCGUCUGUUCUGCUGCUGGUGACGGCUGGCAGAGAGAGAAGUCAGUGAGUGGCAUCAAUGUGACCGACCACACAUACUUGGGCAAAGAACAGAACGGGACGUCUUUCUUCAUGCACUUCAGCACUGAGGGCAGAAACGAGGGCGACGCAGCCAGACUGGAGAGCAAGACACUGACCCCUACGAGAGACUGCAAAGUCCAGUGCCUGCAGUUCUACUACUAUCACAGCGGUCACGAGUCCGACCAGCUCAACAUCUGGAUCCGAGAGCUGCAGAAUGAAGCAAACAGCACAGGAGCUCUCAGACUCAUGGAUCAGAUCACAGAAACCCCUGGGAAUUACUGGAAGCUGCAUCAUGUGCCGCUGAAUGCAAAUAAGUCUUUCCAAGUUGUGUUUGAAGCGCGUAAAGGAGCUGGAAACUCCAGUGGAGGCUUCUCACUGGACGAUAUCAAUAUUUCAGAGACAGAGUGUCCCCUCAUAUGGCAGAUAAGAGACUUUGAGAAGAAACUGGACAGUGGGUACAGUCCACUGUAUUACUCCAGUGAUGGGUAUCGCUUUGUGGCUGAGUUAUUUGAGUCCUGGAAUCAACUUAUAAUAUAUAUUUCUCUGGUAUCUGGUGCAUAUGAUGAGCAGCUGCAGUGGCCUUGUCCAUGGAGGCAAAUCACCGUCCAGAUCCUGGACCAGAAUCCACACAUACAGAAGCGCAUGUCCUUUGAGCAGAGCUUCACCACUGACCCUGACUUAUUUAAUCAUGGCAAGUAUCACUGGGACAAUCCUCGAAAUGUUGGAACUGAAGCCAACAUCAGCGGUGAGUCUGUAUUUUUGGGUCAAUCUGCCUUUAUUGCGCUCCUAACAAGAGAAGAUCUGGCUAGAAGAGAGUUUAUCAAGGGUGGAGACCUCAUAUUGCUCUUCACCAUGCAAGAUAUCUCAGCGCUGCUUCAGAAGCACUCUCUACCCUGCCCUAAAGUAACCGUGAAGAACUUCAACGUUUCACAACUUUGA